CGUUUGUUUUAACAGGUAGAUGGCACGCGUUUUAAUAUAUAAAAUAUGUCCAGAACACUAGCGUGCUAAUAUUAUAAUAACAUUCUCACAACACUAUAUGUUUGUUGCCUCGCGUGCUUGAUAGCUGAUUUAAUAUAGAAGUCGCCACCAUUGUGGUGUGCCUUUGAAACAAUGCGCUUAAAUCUUAUUUGCCCAUUGUUGAAACCAGUUGUAACUCCACCGAAAAUGCGUUUUUGUUAUUCUUUAAUUAAGCACUAUUCUGCCAGUACUGGCAACAGUAAGCCUGUUAAGAGAAGGAUGGAAAGAAAACCAAAACUACCUGCUAAUUGGCAUGCUCUCUCCUGGGAGGAGAGACUGGCUGACACUGUGACACCACUAUGGAGACUGAGUUAUGAGGAGCAGCUCCAGUGGAAACAAGAACAACAACACAAGAUUUUACUUGAAAUGACAAAGCAACUGGCUCAAGAUUCAUUCCACAAUUUUUGGAAUGAUUUAAGAUUCCCUCUUCUGCCCAUAGUACCCUCACCGUCAAGUGAUGGAUACCGCAAUAAAUCAACCUUUUCUGUCAACAAAGGGGUUGAUGGGAAUCCAAAGACGGUUGGAUUUUACAUUGGCACUGGAAAACUGGGUAACAUUGUCUGUGUCCACGGUGACCACCUCCUGAACAUGCCUCCAAAACACAAAAUGGUUGCAAGGAACUAUGAAGAUUUUAUACGUCACUCAAGACUGAGUCCAUGCAUUUUGUUUCAUGAUGGUGGUCACUGGAGAGAAAUCACUAUUAGAACAAAUUCCGCUGGGCAUACAAUGGCUAUAGUUUACUUCCAUCCUCAAAGCCUUACACCUGAGGAGAUUGGCAUUCAUAAAGCUGCUCUGGUGGAAUAUUUUACACAAGGUCCUGGGGCAAUUUGUCAGUUGGAUUCUCUUUACUUCCAGGAGAGCACAAUGACCCGUUGCAGUCAUGAACAAUCCCCCUAUCAGCUUCUGUAUGGACAGCCUCAUAUAUUUGAGGAGGUCCUUGGCUUUAUGUUUCGCAUUUCUGCCGAUUCUUUUUUCCAGGUGAACAGGGGAGCAGCUGAAGUUCUUUAUAAGACUGUGGCAGAGCUGAAUCGGGCUUGUGUGGGGGGCACUUUGCUGGAUGUCUGCUGUGGUACAGGAGCAAUUGGCAUUUCAUUAUCCCCACAGAUGGAGAGAGUAAUUGGCAUAGAGCUUAUUGAGCAAGCAGUUGAAGAUGCCAAGUAUAAUGCAGCACUAAAUGGAGUUAAUAAAUGUGAAUUUCUCUCAGGCAAAGCAGAGGUUGUUUUACCAAGUUUGAUGCCCACUUUGCAUUCUGAGGGAGGGCUGACAGCUGUUGUGAAUCCGUCCAGAGCUGGCCUACAUUUUCGAGUUGUCAGAGCUUUGAGGAAUCAUCCAGCCAUCAGAAGGCUUGUGUACAUAUCGUGCAAACCUGAUGGUGAGGCAAUGAGGAACUUCAGAGACCUCUGCUGUAGCUCAGAUAUUCAGAGGAAGUUCACUGGAGAUGCUUUCACACCAACCGUGGCUGUUCCUGUGGACCUGUUUCCACACACUCCACACUGUGAACUGGUGCUUGUUUUUGAGCGAUAGCAGAUAGUGACUGAUAGAAUGUGGUUGUUUUGUACCAAAACAUCAAAUAAAUAUAUAUUUUGGUGCCAUUUAAUUGGAAGCAGAAUUGUCAGUAUGAUUACCUUUAAUUAAAAUUUAACAAGUAUGUUACUUGAGUCUCAUUGUAGACAGAAUGAUUAGGCAUUUGUAGAGUAAACCCAUUUUAAUUUGCUAGUAGUGGUGUUCAUUUUAUUACCACUAGAAGGUGCAAUUGUGUCAUUUCUCCAUCUUGUAUAGUCUUGCUGUAUGUGCAAAGAAGAGGGUGUGUGCCCAAUUCUCUGAGAUGCCCAAUGAUAAAGUGGGCAGUGGAAAUAGGUAAGAUUCUCUAAAUAUCAACAGAGCAAUACAUUUACAUUCAGCAAUCUCUAACAGUGCUCUUCAGAAUAAACUGUAAUUAUAACUAACACCACUAACCACUGUUCUGGGCUUCAAUUUGAAAUAGUUACAUGUGACCGAGACAGGCUGGGGUAAUUAUUUAGAAGAAGUGCACAGAUUUAGAAAUGAUGAUGUAAACUUUGGACAAGAGACACAAGCCGGGACUGUUCAAUAAAUACAAGCCCAUUCAAUAACCUUAAUGAUUGAAGGUUCAUUAUAUGAUAAAGACAAUAUAUGGCUAUGUAUUCUUCUGUUCUGUAUAUGUUCCUAUAUAUUCACCAAUAGGUAUAUGAUUUAUUAUAAUGCUAAGGCAGGUAGAAAAAUUUGAUCUUAUUCAUGGAAAAUAUUAAGAGAUAUUAUGAAUAUGAAUCGCAUUUGGCUACGAAACUGGUUUGUAUUUCAUUCAGUGUAUUACAUUAUAAGGCUGUAAUACACAUUAUCAGAACUCAUAAUCUUAACUG